AUGGUGAUUCCGCCGCCUCUUUGUACUACAUCUAAGCGCUCCCUCUUCUUUGCUUCCAAAUAUGCCUUCCUUUGGAAUAUCUUCCGCCUGAAAUUAGAUUAUCGCCUAGGUUACUGAUAUUCAAGUCGAAAUUACGCAACCAUCUUACACCGGAAAGCAUAAAGGCACUGUUAACGGUCUCAUUCCCGAACACUCAGAUUCUUGACUUCGAGAAGGGUCCUCCUGGGAUUUAGUGGUAGAUUAAGUGGUAACUCUUGAUUAUAUCAUUAGAAACCCCUGUUUUAAUUUGGUUUCUAAAUCCAUUGCUAUCCUUCCCCCCCCAUAGCGACAAUUUUCGCGGUUUUUGGUAUCGGCUCCCGCAUUCCGACCUCAUGCGGUCUGUCGACACUCACGGCGGAUCCGUCAGUCUUCACUGUUUACUAGUAGUUCGGUCGUACCUCCCUUCCUCACUGCUCGGCUGAGCUCGAAGCGUGCUGUGGCCGAUCGCAUCUCGGUUCCUCUCGUCUAGCCUCUUUGACGCGGCGUAUCAAUCCGGCCCAGACGAUCUCAGUUGUGAAUCCCGUAUACAAUGCCAUUUGCAAGCCAGUCCUGUCUGACCCACAUGCGUACCCAUCAAGGCGGACAUUUAUUGAUACCCUGACGAUGACCGACAACAUUCCGUUAUAUACCGCCACCUACAGGCCAGUCCUGCUCGCUUUUUUCUGUUAUUAUUUUUAAAGAGGGGUUUUUUUCUCCUGUAAAAUUAAUCCAGUCAUUUUUAACUUUUUCCAAAGAGUUUUUUUCACCCCUCAAUCAUCAUGUUUCUCAAUGGACUUCUAAUUCAGAAACUAUGAAUUGCGUUUUGUAAAGAUUCGGCCUACCUCGUCUAAAACUCGCAUGUAAAUUUAUUUUAACUUGCUUUGAUGGGACCCCGACGGGUCUUUAAUAAAAAUUAUCUAUCUAAAUUUAUCUAUAUGCCCUACCGAAGCAAAUCACUAACGAGUAUCCUCUGACAGGGGUAAGUUAUUCUUAUAAACCCAACUUGACCCCUGGUAAUAAUAAAAACUUAGCAAAGAAAUGGACAGAAGACAAAUAAUAGAAGAGGUCAUGCGUCAUUAAGCAAGCUGAAUAUUUUAAUAAAGGAAAGACGCAAGGGAACAAAGUGAGAAGCAUGAUUGCAAAAACGCGAUCCCACCCUCCGAUCCCAAGUACAAACAAUAUCCUAUUUUUAGAAGAUCUGAUCUUCAUGAUGCCCUCACUGAAUGCGCUCCAUCGACGCUCUUGGCGAAGCCUUCUAUGUUCGCCAUAUACUAGUAAUCUGGUCGCAUCUCCUUUGCCCUAUCCUCGGAUGGACUCUGAUGAAUGUAACAGACCGCAUCUGGGUUCUUGUCGCCUCGAGACUGGUUGUCAUCGUGCCCUUACAGAAUGCGCUCCAUCAGCGGUCUUGACAAAGCCUUCUAUAUUCGCUAUAUGCUAGUAGUCUGGUCGCAUCUUCCCCCAUGCUCGAAUGGGCUCGGUUGAAUGAAACCGACCGCAUCUGGGUUCCUAUCAGCUCGAGACUGGUUUUCAAUUUCGCCACUUAUUUUUCUUAUUCAAGGCGAUACAGGCCAGUACUGACCGACCCGCCUACGUACCAUUUUAUUAAAUUCAUUACACAAUGCCAUAUACAGCUGACAUUUAUUUCGGCCAUGUUAAUGUCGGACUAUAUUCCAUUCUGUACCGCCACAUGCAGGCCAGUCCUCCCUGCAUUUUUCUGAUGUUAUUUUUCUGAGGGGUUUUUUUUCUCCUGUUAAAUUACUACAAUCAUUUUUAAAUUUUGCUUUGGAGUUUUUUUUCACCCCUCGUUUUUUCAUUUUCAUUUUGCUUAACGGACUUCUAAUCUCAAAUCUAUGUAUUGCACUUUGUACAGAUUUUGCCUACCUAGUCUAAAAUUCGCAUGUAAAUUUAUUUUUACUUGCUUUGAUGGGACCCCGACGGGUCUUAAAUAAAAAUAAUUGAAUUGAAUUGAAUUGAAUCUUACUCGAAGGGAACUGGAGACAUUUAAACAAUUCAAGAUUACUGAAGUAGACGAGACCGCACCCAAGGUUCUCAGACAGUUUGUAACUGAAAUUUCUCCAAUUCUGUGAGUGUCUUUAAAAUUUGACAGGGGAACAUUUCCUUUCCAUUGAAGUCUGGCACAUGUUAUUACAUUUACAGUUGCAGCAAAUAUGGUAACCUGAUGUCCGUCGUUUGGGUCAGGCCACGCGUUCGAACCACUAACGUAGUUCUCCAUACAUAAUUCCCAGUAAUCACUGUCAUCCGAUCAUGUAAGCUUGGCAUGUGGCGUGACCGGCUUUUGAAGUACCUUGACGACACAGCCUAUGAAACUGUCUGCCAUGUUGCAUGCGACAUAACUGAAAUUUAUUUGCAAUGUAUCUAUGUAGAACUAGGGUCGGUCAAAGACGGAAGACGAACGCAAGUAUUUGAAAAACAAAAUCACUAAAAUAAGUAUGCAUACUGCUUUUACUAGGCAAUAUUUUACACGGUUGUUGGGCAUGGAAGGUCCAGUCUCGCAGAACAGACGACAGUCGGAAGAAGCUUCUUGCUGGGCGACACGUCGUUUUACAGCCCGCUCUCAGUUCAGUUCAGUUUAGUUUAUUGAGGGAAAUAGGUUUAAGCCUUUGAGUACCCUAUAUGCAACGUAAAAAAUGUGUGGUAUACAGAUAAAUGUUCUGGGCUGAAAUAAUUCGAACACGCCCAUAAUGGUGGGACAAAAUGAGAACGCGUUACAGGGGUGAGCGCUACUUCUCAUCGCUCUUGGUCAUUUCGAAACAUACAUAUGUCCAGAUUCUUCUUAAAACUUUGUAUAGAUGGUGACAUCGCAACAUCUGCGGAAAGCUCAUUCCAUGGUUUGACCAUCCGAACCGAGAAGGAGAACUUCCGCACAUCCAGCCGUGCCUGCUGAGUGCGCAGUUUUAGCGGGUGACCUCGGAGGUUGGUCGUGUUAGCAAAGUCAAACAAAUCCUCCAAGGUCAGACUGCAAUCCAACCCCUUAACAAUGCGGAAGGCUUGCAAGAGAUCCCCGCGAAGUUGCCUGUAACUCCAAAGAAAGAGGUUCAGAUUUACUAGGCGGGUUGCAUAAGGAAAGGAGCUUUGACCCCUAACCAUCUUCGUGGCCCUCCUCUGGACUCUUUCGAGGCAGUUUUGAUCCUCAACAGCCCACGGCCUCCAAGCUUGUAUGCCGUAAUCUAAAUGUGGCAGGACGAAUGUUCCGAAUGUCUUAGAAAAAGCUUCUUCGUCAAAGUCCAUAAACGCACGCUUGAUGGCGUAUAGUACGUACAUUUAGCUUUUAGCCAGCAUCGAACAGUGGGCGGAUAGUUUUUGGGAACUCAUCGUCAGCACACCGAGGUCCCAUUGGGCUUCGAACUCUUUCAAGGCUGCACCGCCCAGAAAGUAGUCUCUUGUGCUGGCGGAUCUGGCUGUGUUGCCUAGGCAAAGUAUGCUACAUUUGUCAGUGUUGAGCCGCAGGAGCCAACGGUUUGACCACUCCUCUAAAAGAUUCUGGUUCAUCUGCAGUUUGUCUUCGUCGGAAGGACCCCGAAUUACACUCCAUAUCUUCAUGUCAUCGGCAGACAUUGCCACUUCGCAGUCUAAAUCUCUUGCGGCAUCGUCCACGUACAUAAGGAACGAAAUGGGUCCCAGUACUGAACCCUGGGGGACACCACUAUCGACCAUAGCCGGAUCUGAUUUGCCCCGAGCGAUGCACACAACCUGGUGUCGACCCACAAGGAAGUUUUCGAUCCAUUUAUGGAAGUUGCCACUGAUCCCUAUUUUUUAAGCUUAUGUAAGAGCCUCUGGUGUGGCACAGUGUCGAACGCCCUCUGGAAGUCGAUGAAGGUUAUGUGGACCGCGUGCCUGUCGUCGAGAGGUCGGUUCCAGCUCUGGAGAGAUUGCAGCAAGUUUUUCAAGAAGGAUCUUCCUUUCCGGAUCCCAUGUCGGCAGUUGGAUAGCAGGCCGUGAACUUCCAGGAAUUGCAUCAGUUUUCUCUUUAUGAUCCUUUCCAUAACUUUGCAGAGAAUGCAUGUCAAGCCUGUGGGCCUGUAAUUUGUCGUCGCUGCCCUGUUACCUCCUUUGUGUAGCAGAGUAAUAUGCGUCAGCUUCCAAUCGAUAGGAAGUGUUCCAGUGUCAAAUGACGUUUGAAAGAGCAUCGACAAAGACCCAGAAAGCUCACUGGCAAGUUCUUUGAGAAGCUUGGGUGGAAUCUCGUCUGGUCCUGGCGACUUCGAUUCGUUCAAUGCCUCUACUUCUCUUCGGACAAUGCCUUCUGAGAAGAGCAUAUCACUGACGCUUGAGGUCGGCAGUUCUUCUGUGGAGGGAGGAAGGAACCUUGCCUCGUUUUUGUAGACUGAUUGGAGAAACCGUGAAAAAAACGCAAGCUUUAUCCCUACUAUCUCAUUCCCACUUAUCGGACCCCGUCAAUCGAACAAGGCAAAAAGUAUAAUUCUUCGUUUUGAUUCGUUGGAUGAAGUGUUGGGAAAAUGUUGGGCAAACUUCACUUACCAAUAUUUGAUUUAAUUUAUGUUUAUCGUGCAUUAAUAUGCUUUACAUGUUUGUUAGCAAACUAAAUGACAGCAGACUAGACACAAUGUUUUUACUCAUUUUGUCAAUUCGAAAUAGGAAUUCUCUAGAUUAGCUAUCGCCAUAUAAAUACCAGCGUCAUACAUAGUAAGUAGUGCGCGCGCAAACGCAUGUAGGAGCUAGAUUGUCCACACCUGAUCACCUGAAGUAGUUCCUAGUCUGUGAGAAUAUUGAACGGGGCUGAUGAGCACCAGUUUAAAUGUGUAAUAAGGUUACAAUAGAAAAUAACGAGUGCUGCAUGCACUUGUAUAAAAUUGGCGGCAUUCUGCCGAGUCUGGUAGGUCACCGGUGUGGAGAGCAGCGCUGGGGAAUACUGCGGGAGCGAGAUGCGAGAAUUCUGACUUUGAUUUAGAGAGGGCGGGACGAUCUGCGAAGAAGAUAGCUGCAGGGGUGGUUUCGACGACCGAGGGUGGAAGGAGUCCCAGCAUCUUCACUGGCUCCAGAUCACAUCGUCCACAUCCUAGGUUCUCACCUUCAUGAGGUCCUUAUUCCACUCAAACAACGCUGUCAGUGCUGGGCUGUGUUACACAAAUAGCCCAAUCCUAUCUUUUGUUUAGACAUCUCCCAUAUUCACUAAAUCACAAAAACAAUGGUGUUCGUCCCCAUUAAAAUUUAUCGGCCGUUUAGGCUCGCUUAGUUUCAUAUGUGAGUAGAAUCAUAAGCGUAAGGAUAGCGUGACUUCGUUAGCAGUUAUUCACGUCAUUCAUUUCAAAUGAAAGUUCAGUCAAGCUAAACAUCAUUUCACUGCAUACGUAGUGCCCUCAACUCUUGUCACACAUUUCGAGUACCUUGAACGCCAGCGUAACUGGACGGCCUUGAUAAUGCCCAUUGUUUUAACUUCCUUGAAUCGCGAUUCCGCUUUUUGCUACUUUUGCGCAUAGAGGAGUUAGGGAAGUCAUUCUGCGCCUACAACACACUCAAGUAAGGCGUUUUUUUCUCCCUGAAGAUUUUCACCGGAGAACGCACUUCAAUUAUGCAUCUAGUAAGGAAUUAUUCUAGUUAACUGCUGUCUCUUUUCUUUGCAAAAUAUUUUGUCCUUACUUUAUGUAUGACAUCUUCAAAGCAUAUAUUUGGUCGGCAUAUAAUAAAUAGUUUAAAAGCCUUUCUACCUAUACCGUUUGCUUAAGCAACGGUCGAGGCGUAUGCCUCGAGGCAUAUCAAUGAUAUUUUGUUUCGCAUUUGUUAUUGUGGAGUGUCAUGAAAUUUGGAAUUCCAAAUUUGGAAGUUCUAUUUGCAAGUUGUGCAUUUGCCGCUCUAAGCCCGAUUUCCAGCACACCUUUUUAACCAUGACUUUUUGUUAUCUACCGCCUAUGACCAAUAUUUAUCGCCUAGUUUUCGCUGGUGCCCACCUGAUGUAUUAAUACAUCAAUUGGAGGAAAAUUGUUUCGAGACAAUGUUUUUUUAAGAAUUCCCAGCAACUUCCUCACAUAAAAAUAAAGCCCAUCGGCUUCAUAGUACCAUUUUUCUCCGACUCGGUACUACACGCCAUAAGGGAAAUUGUAUUUAUCUGUUUUUUUGCACGCGUACAUUCUGGCCUGUCCAAGGUUAUGUUACGUAAUUCGCCAUGUUGCUUAUAAAACAGCUUUAUAUCAUGGACUGAACUUAUUUUUAAACUUUUCGGUUUCCCUGUCACACGGUUUUCAUUUUCAGAAUUAUCUUGCUUUGCCUAAUACUGUAGUAUCAUUAGUGAAUGAUUUACAGUUAUAUUUACUUCGGUGGCUUUAGAAAAAGAACAAGUGAGUUUCAUAAGAAAAGAUGCUGCUGUUUUGCCUCUGCUGGUUGGCAACUUUGUCAGGCCAGUGAAUCAAAUAAUUUCAUUUUCUCUUAAUCCUCACAGCUCCUGGCAAAUAGGCAUAACUUUAAUCUGCGUCUUGAAUGCGGUGAAAUUAUUUAAUGCUGUUUAUUUUUAUGAGUAACCACUACAUCCCACCUAACAUGACUAGACGUAAUUUAGUCCCAUGGUCUCAAAGGCAUUUGGCCGUACGAAGCAGCUGCGAAGCCGUAACGAACUACUAUUCUGCUGCAACUUCUUAAAUAACACUGCUUUUGAGUUUUCUAUCUCAUCUAAUUCACUUAGAAAUCUUAGUGAAUGUUGCGAUCACCCUCAAGUAACGUAUUCCUCAUUUAGAUUGCCCGGCCUAAGCAGUUAUCCUCUGUUUGCCUUCACGUUCUUUUAGGUCAAGUAAGGCUGGUGAGUUUUCUACGUUGCUUUAUAAUUCCCCGGAAAUUUCUUCUAGACAAGGAGGAAAGAAAACGCUGGCAGGUUCGAGACGCAUGUUUUAAUUUUAUAUUUCUUGAGUGUUGAACUGUUUAGCGUACCUUGAAAUCUCUCGAUAUUUACACAUGCCUUCGUUUGUGGCCAAUUUUUCGCAACUAAGCUACAUCGAAAAUAUCUGUUCUCUCCUUCACUUCCUAUUCACGCUUAGCAGCUGUACGCAAAUUGAAUAACUCGAUACAAAGCCAUAUGCCUACAGGGUAAAUCAAGCUGUCCGCGGUUUCGUGUACUUUUUGGAAACCAGUUACUUCCAAGUCAAACUGACCUUACAAAAUUUUAUUGUCUAUUACUUGUACUCGGAAAUAUUAACUCCCACACACACGCACUCCUUAACACGACAUCAUACAGCUGACAUAAUACCCCUUGUUUUCUGCAAACCUUUGAGUCGUUAUUUGUAAUUACUCAUCAUGCAAUCCUUUUUUAAACUUGGUUUAAGCCCAAGAACAAGAUGUGUUUCAAGCACCAUAUGUUGAGACUUAUAAGUAAAAAUCCCAAUUAAAGCCUUUCCCGAAGCUCAACGAUGUUAGCCGACCUUGCUGCCCAAGUUCUUCUUCUAGUAUCAUUAAAAAGAGGCCUCAGUAACAAAUUACUUUGGAAUGCCAGUUAAAACUAUGCCUGUUUUCAUCAGGCCCCUAUGGAGGAUAUUUUUCAUCACUUAAAGUUAACUUCUUUAUUUUUGCAACUGAAAGGGCUUGCGUGUCGUUAACUUUUGCAUCCUUGUACGUAGCUAGAGCACUCAAUUGUGACUUUAAAAUGGUCCAUUAGGCUUAUUUGGUUGUGCAUUUUACCCAGCGUGGAUCGCGUUCGGAAGAUCGACCUCUGCCUACACCUCCAUCAGCACAGCCGUCGGUUCAUGCGGACGUAGAUGCUGAAAGUGCUGCAGCGUGCGUUUUUAAACGUUUUGUGAAGCCAACUGUCUUAAUGCAUGUUCUUCACAUAUUUGCACACUUUUAUUUUUGCAUUUUUCAUUUCCGCCUCCCUUCUUCGCUUUUACAACCCGUACUAUGCUCAGACUGAAUUGCCACUGUUAUGUAUCCAGUUCUUCCCUCUUCUACCGUCUUGUGCGUUUAUACACGCAGGAGAAGGAGAAAAACCAGUGUGUUCCCGAGCCACCCAGGCAUUCUUCUUCCAUCCUGUGGACGUUGUAUCAUUUAGACCCUCUUCCUGUAUAGCCAAUGUCCAUCAUUUUUAAUGUUCCCUUACUACACGCCAUGUGGUUUGCAGCGAUGUCUCACGACAGAUAUGAAACUUAAUCUUCGUAGUUGCCACAUAGUUUUCUCCUUGUAAAGUAAAUAGCGUUGACGUUUUUUCUGCAAAUAUAACCUUUUCAAAUCAUGGAAUCCAGCUAGUCCCCCUCUCACGCCAAGUUUCAAACUAUCAUCUUCUGGUGUGUUUUCAUCGGUGGCGUGCCUUUUUGAUCUAGCACUCCCUAAAGACGUUAAUUUAGUCUUUUGACGUCUGAUUCAUCCGUGGAAUCAAUACUUUGCGUAAUAAACCUCUUUGUAAGUUUUACGGAGGGACCUUAUUGCAGCAGUAAUAGCAGAAGCAGACAGACCUUAUUCCAGCAGGAAUAGCAGAAUAGCAGUAGCCCAGCACUUUUGCAACUUCAUGAAUAUCGACGGGAAGUCGUGCUGUUGUACUCCAUUUGUCAGUUAUUUCGUCCCGCCAUUUCUUGCAGAAGAACAGCCUGCUUCGUCUUACCCAAAAUAGAAUCGAAUAACAGUAGAACGGGAUUUUCUCCUUGUUUUGGGUUCGUUGACUAUGCUGGUCCCAAAUGCUGUUCCUCGCUUUGUCUUUUGCGUUUUUUGAACGGUACUCUCAAUGGUUGAAAUUUUGUUAUCAGACGUUAAUUGCCGCUCUUAUGAAAGGAAAGUCAGACCUCAGUUUGUUGCCACUAUACAAACCAAGGACGACUAAACCGAAACAAGCAGUCCGUUGUCAACUACCACGUGCAAUUAUACCUGGUGCCGUUGUAUUCAUGUCUGUUCUACCUGGCGUCCUUGAUGUCGCGAGUUGUGCAUCUUUACAUAUGAAGACCUGCGACAGCGCAUAUGGAGAGUUCUGCCCAUGUUGUGCUCCAGUUACGAUGCACAAGUACAAAUCUGGGAACUGCCGCAAUGUCUGAACGAAUCUUGUCGAGCCAAGCUUAUACCUGAUCUCUUUGACGCCUCCAGGUGGCCAUCGACGCCGAUCAAAACAAGCAACACUGGGCUCAUGUGACGGACGACAAAGAACUACCAAAAAGGUUGUCAUUAUUAAAUGACUUGAAGUAUCCUCACGAUAUUGACGCAGUGACUACGACCUGUCUCUUUUGAGAGGAAGUCGAUGUGCUCCACUCGAAGGAUGGUCCUUAGACGACGGUGGUCAAUCACCUCUGGUCUUUCUUCCUCCACCUCCGGAAAAUGGCAGACAAGUCGGCUAGACAUGACCAGCAGAAAUAUUUGGAUGAACCAAAGGCCGCAAACGUUGGUAGCAUUCACAAACUCUACCAAGUUAUCUGUCAAGUUAGUAGUGAGUCCCAAACACUUCGUCACUCCAUUCACAACGUAGAUAUGGCUCUAUUGCUGGAAAUUCGGUCAAAUUCGAUCACUGACAUGGGCAUUUCGAGCACCUUCCAUACUUUGAUGAGCAACCCAUCACACCCUCGAUCUCCUCUACAGCGGAGUUUUAUCCCUCUCUAGCUUAUGCAGUGUUGUACGACCCUCCUUUUUGAGACGGAAGUCCCAGAUGCGAUACAGAGGUUACACAACCAGAAGACGCCCAUAGAGGACGGGAUUACUGGCAAAAUUAUAAAUCUUGCAGCAAAGCCCGGGUGCUCUCGGUUCUUGAGAUGAUUGAGCAAGCAUGGGGAGAUGAGGUAAUUCCUUGUGAUUGGGGCUGGGGCAUCCUUCUGUCCGUCUUCAAGAAAGGAGAUAAGACAAAGUGGGAAAACUACUGCGGUAUAAGACUCAUUGAUGUCGCUGCGAAGGUCUUUACUGUUGUCCUCAGACGAUUCCCGUCUGUGCCCGACUUUAGAACGAUGAUCAACCAAGCCGGAUUCCGGGCUGGGCGUGGAUGCGCAGACCAGAUAUUCACACUGAGACGUAUUCUAGAGUUCCGUCAUGGCUACCAGCAGCUGACGAUCGUCUGCUUUGUUGAUUUCUGGCUGUGCCCGAUUUCGUGUCGUCAGUCCAUGUGGUGAAUAAUGGAACUAGAUGGCGUGUCGUCCAAAAUCAUCGCCAUGAUCAAGGCCUUAUAUCGCUAACCAUUGCGCGAGUUCUCAUCCAUGGCGAUCUGUCCCACCUGUCCGACAUCCGAUAGGGUGUUCGAGAAGGUGGCAUCCUGACACCCAUUCUGUUGAACGACGUCAUUGACAGAAUUCACGGAAAAGCCCAACAUGAGUUUGACGAUGUGGAAUUAGCACGCGGAUGCCAGCUGACUUAGCUAGAUUGCACUGACAAUAUCGCAUUUCUAGUCUCAUGCUCUGGUGAUCUGCAGUCCACGGGACCGGUUCAACCGGCGUUGCCGACGAUGUCAACGAGGUCCUCCACUGAAAACGGAAGCAGACACGGUGACACGUCAGGUAAUCCACAAACGUUAGAAGGAACACUUUGCUUUCGAGUUGCAUCCCUGGCCAAGGGAAGGCAACCCCCGGGAUUAGUGACCGCGAAUCUGAAGAAGUAGACUAUUUAAAAUACCUCGAAACAAGACUGCUGCCAAACGGGCGGAGUAAGGACGACAUUGUCUCCCGAAUCGAUGCUGUUCACAUGGUCUUCUUAAUCCUUAGAAAGUGCCGAUGGACCCAACGCAACAUCUCUACCGCUAUGAAGAUCCGCGUGUACCGUGUACACGUCCGGGGGUCCUCCUCCACGGUUGUGAAUGCCAGGCCUUGCACGUAGAAGAUGAUCGAAGACUGGGAGCAUUUGACCACCACUGCCUGGGAACCAGCCUUCUACUAAAGUGCACCGACUUUGUCUCAAAUGGCGCAGUCCACAUUCGCUGCGACAAUAUCGCGAGGGUAUCUUCGGUCAUCCAAGGAAGAUGACCGAAGUGGUAUGGGCGCGUCCUUUGCCGUCCGCCACGGGAGCUCAGUUCUACUGGCCUCGACCCGGCGUUGUUGUCCACCUGGAGACGUCAAAGAGGAGGCCAAAUCAAAAUUUCGCUCGACGCAGUCCGUUGACAUGAAAGUUGUUCGUGGACCUUCGGUACUCGGUCUCCUUUGCUGCUGCAAAUCGUCACGCGUGGAGAGGUACAAUAAGUGAUAUCAACGAGACCGACUACAUCAGGCAGGAUCACAGCCGCACCAAGUACAAGUAAACACCGGUUUUUGUCCGUUUUCCACUCGCACAGCCCAGCACACACAACCAUCUAGGUGGACUUACCGAUGGAUGCCUGGUAUAUGUUGGUGUUUGUGGUGAUGGAGAUGUCGCGUCGGACCCAAAGAAACUUUACAGAGAUUGUGAGAACCCCGUUGGCGGAAUUUAUUCGAGGUACGAUAAAGGCCUUACGUUAUCCUUUCGACAACAUCCUCAUCACGAGGUAGUUGAGAUUCUUCUGAAUUAACCAUGAAAAACGGCGGUGUUCAAACCCACGACAGCAAGAGCAAAUACAUCCAACGCUCAAACCGCCUGUGCUACGAGGCCCUGACCGGAGGUCGUUAGUUUAAUCACAUUUUGGCCAAGUUGUCCGCCGAGCGUUCUGCAGCGUAUGGAAUCAACAGAGACCACUAAGUACAUCACGGUUGGGUCAAAUUAACCAUUCUAAUAUACCAAAAAGGCUAUUAAUUAGUGAGUCUGGUAGUCAUUUGGUGGAUUCUGUAUUGUAUAUCGAUUGCUUGGGUAAUCCUGCCUAGGCAGAAGCUUAUUGAAUAAGAAUGAAUAAAACCGGAGAACGGUUUGAUCCUCCACCUUUAAUGGAUAAACAGACCGAUUUAUCGACUAUUCACCCCCGGCACCAUAGGUUAUAGAUCAGCAUAAAUUUCGACCAGCUGGGCUUUUUCGUCAGCAUAGUCAAGAUCGGUCAGCCGAUUGCAAACCCAUCUCCGUCAACAGCAUGUAGAGGCCUUUCGACUAUCCAGCCCGUGACGCAGUCGAACAGAAUGGGCGACAGGAUACAACCUUGUCGACCUCAAGAUGGAAUACCGAACGGUUGAGAGGUUUUUAGGUCAAAACUCGCACAGUCGUGGAAUGGUUAUAGGCCCUGAUCAUGGGGGGGGGAUUUCUGCCAGAAAACAGUAUAGUUCAAUCAUUCAUAACAAGGACCCACAGUGGGCGGAGUUGAACGCUGCGACAAAGUUAAACAAACGGACGGCCGUCUGUUACUGGUAGUCAUGCCUGAGUUCAAGCAUACAUUGCAUUGUGAAUAUCUGGGCCACGCACGCAAGUCCACCACGAAGACCGGCUCGGUUGGGUCUCGUCCUUGAAUCACGCACAGUGAAAUCACCUGAGAAUGACAACGGCGGUGACUUCCAGGAACGUCGAUGAGGCCUCUGCCGAGGUAAUUCUAGCAGUUCGUCUUAAGCUUCUUGAAGAUACAUAAAAAUAUGUCCGAGCCCUACGCGUUAGGAACGGCCUUGUCUUCCCCUCCCCCCUCCCCAUUGACGAAUCACCCUAUCAAUCCAGAGCGGCAACAGGGCCACCAUUCACACUUCAACCUGGACAUCAUUUUCCGGAGUUGACGGAACGAAUCACCGUUCUGGGGCCUAACUCGAGCCAUCUGGGCAGACAGCUGUAAGGCAAUACCUCUGGUCCUGUCACUACGACGUCGUUUGUAGAAUUCAAGAAUUUUUUCGACUGCAUCGUGUGCUGAGGUCACCACUGAUGACCGUAUACCGCUACCUUAUGUUAGGGUCAUAAAGCGAGACUGAAUUUCUGUGCUUAGGCCCUCGAUCAUGCAGGGUUUAAAUAACUUUGCUGUAUGAAGGUGUCCUGCAAAUGUCAGCCUGGGUGCGAAUGAAGAGGGUGUUUUCAGCCGUGUGAGCAUGGAAACGUGGUCUGACCCAUGAGUGUUUCCAGUUUUGGUACUGGCAACAAACUAGCGGCGGAAGCAUAAGCUUACUAGAAUAUGGUCAGUCUGGCUGGCUAUGUGGCCAUCGUUUGAAUACGAGUUCAUCAGAUGUUCUUAGUGGUGCUGGAGGCGCAUGUCGACGGAAACAAGCCGUUCAUAAAAUGUCAGAGUUCUCAAUUGUCUCAUCGAAAACCAAGGUCAAAGCGCCUGUUGGACGAGUUGCCGAGUCCACUUCUGUCAUUCUAGUCCCCGGAAAUAAUAGUUGGAGCAGGGUGGGAGCGUUCUUCAACUAACUCCUGCAGCUGCGGGUAGGUCUCAUCAUCGCGUUCAUUGGCGGCUGAUUUUGGUACGUACACGGAAACGACAGAGAUGUUCGCAAAGUGACUCUUCUAUCGUACGUAAGCCAGGCGGUUUUUGGUUCCUCGAAAGCAGUGUGUUGCUUGCUCAUUUUCGGAGGGCGAUCGUCCAACCGUGUUUACGACAAUGGCGAUGUCAGCAGCUGUGAUAAAGGAUGAAGUGAGAUCUUGAUUUCUCAAGCACUGACAGGCAGCAGGCCUACGCGUUGUACUGAUGAAGGCUGCGUGUCGUCGGACUCUGGGUACCAAGGCCCAGGAACGUCCGCACCUCCCGACAUCCAAUACCAAGAGUCCGUUUCCAGCUGAGUAGCCCAGUCCGCAUACUGUUCGUCGGCACUACUGGACCGGGUUUGCGGAGCGCGUUAGCUCCGGCAGACGCCGUAGCAUGAGCCUUAAUACUGUUGUCGGACAUUUUCAUGAUUUUUUAACCAUCUUGAGUACGACAGGCCACCAAAAGCCGCCCGAAUUGUUUAUUCGCAAUCAUCUCUAGCUCUUUGACUCAAAUCCUAACAACUAGGCAGCGGGGGUGGACAAAGUUCUUUUAGAUGACGGUUCACGAUCGCCAUAUCACAGUGCUGCCACCAGGGUUUGGAGCGUUUUAUAAGACAUUCGGUUUGCCAGGCCUUGACCCUUUGCUCCCCGGUAGCGUUAUCUAUUCUGAUCCGCGACUAUUUAUUUGUCAGACCCGCAGUUAACCUUCGCCGAAAGCCGUUCCAUUAUUCGCUACCUCUACGCGCCGGGUAGGCAGCAGAUAGUCUAAUGGGUUGCUCGGCUUCCUUAUUACGUUUCGUAUACGGAAUGCUUUGUUCUUACAUAGCUUUAACGGAGAGCAAAUCGGUGAUCGGAUUGUCAAAACAAAACCAAAUGGUCCUAAUGUUUGUGAACCAUAAUCUCCCGUCUACUGACGGUCUGGAUCAAACUCACGCUUUCAACUUUGCUAUUGAACAAUGUUUGAAUGAUCUGAGAACUAGAUCUCCCGAUAAGUAGUCAAGCCGCUAGGCUUAGGUUCUUAAUUGGUUAGCGAAUGUGUCGAGCAUCUCGCUGACCAGGCAUUACGGAAGCGGUCCAGAGGAUGCAGUCAAGCCUUGUGAAUAGCGUCCUCUACCACGCUUGGCACAGUUAACCUGAGGAAGCCGAAGUGAAAAGGUUUACCGGGGUUGGCAUUUUGUGUUGUUCUUUUCUAUGAAAUCUUCGGCGGUGGACUUUGAUAAAUAUGGAAGCUGUAAAAGUAGGCUAGUUUCUCUUCUUCGACGUGGUUGAUGAAAAGUGCGCGUGGUAUAUGCAUGCCCUCGGGGAUCCGUGGGUCAAUUUAUUUCAAAUUGCAGUAGCGUUCCAGCUGACUUUGUACACAACCUUUCAAAACCAAUACUUCUCCUUGUUAGAUCUUUAGAUUGAGGAACUUCUGGCCCUCUUUUGCAGGAGUCUUGUCCUCAGGUGGCUGAAGUCCAUGAAAAGAUAGUCAUUUAUGAUAGCACAGCCUUCUGUUUUGCCUGUCGGGCGACCUUCUUAGUGUACAUUUUUUUGCUGGCUACUGUGACUGCCAUGAAUUUCCUCACAUUUUUUGCCAGUUGACAGACGAUUUUGGAGUUAUUCACAUGCCGUCAAUGUGCUUGUUUUUUGUUCGGACGAAUUGGCAUAUCCGGUUAUAAGUAUCUGCUGUUUGCUCCUUGCCAUUUGUCGAGUUGUUCUACGCAUAAGCCACUCAUUGUUACUUUUUAGGGAACACCCUUUUUCCGAAUAUUCCGCUACUCCAGGCGAACCUUCCGUUCCUAGCCCUCAGCCCGCGGUAUGAGUGAACUGCUAAUUUUAAAUCGUAUUUCCUACUUUCUUGUCGAUCUAAUCAGCUUAGUGCACCUUCAGCGGUCUUUACUAAGCUAAAGGUCCUAAGAAUUUCUCGUACUAUUUAUUCCCUUCCAUCGAUGGACCGACCCCUACAAGUUUUCUGUCGCCAUUAGGGUUCCAGAUCAAGUUCUUCUAUUAAUUGCUCACAGACCACAACUUCACCUCAGGUUUACUUUGUGGAAAGAUUCGUCUUUAUUAGGUAAGAAAGCCUAACAAACAACUGUUUAUUUUCACCAUGUGUUCGCAAAGGACAGCGCGCUAACUGUUCUGCCAACGGAGAUAAUUAUUUGUACGCAAAUGCAGUCGAUCUCGCUGACACAACUGAACACAGCAUAACUCUCGAAGAAGUCAUUUCGUCAUUGGAUCGUAUUCUCCCUCACACGUAAACUGCGCCAACCAGCUUCACAUCCUAAAUGGCAACUACCGGGGAAUCAACAAGAGCUGGGUUUGUAACUGUUCCAGCCGACAAAGAAUAAACAACUGUGGUUUUGGAUAAGUCGCGAACGACGUUGUCUGCUGUGUGCCUCACUGUGUGGUGGGCACAGAACAAUGAAUUGCGCUUGAACUUGUUUAGUGGUAGUAGACCUGCGAUGUAUCUGCCACACUUUUCUCCCUCGAGACGGAUUCAGAACGACCGAAGGCGGACUCAGUUGCAGUCGACCUCACCUUCAUUUUAGACCUGUCGUACAUGUUUCACGACAUGUUUGACACUACUCACACGAACGAGUUUAUGUUGCAAAAAAAACGAACGGUAUAAAAUGACAGCUGCAAAAAUAUAACUCAAUAAAGCAUGAAAUCGCUCAUUGUUGCAUUCUUCAAAGCCUUUAUAAGACUGUAUCGACGAUUUACACGUCAGUCUUGGUGCCACCUAGCCUGAAGAGAACAUUGUGGGGUCCCUUAUGACCUGGCAGUAGGAAAGAUUUUAUAAUCUUUUACAUUAAAACUUAACAUAAACAGAAGAUGGUAGCCGAAUUCCUCUCCUUUCUUAACUGGCGACCACUGGCUGCGAUCGACGCGACGUCCUUUCGCACUUGCAUCCAAUACUAAAAAUGAUGCAAUGGUGUCGACAAAGACUACGUAGAGGUAGUUUCAUUCGGACUUCCAGUCGCCAAUAUGCUUUAUUUUUUCCUGCAAAAAAACAUUGUUUAGGUGCAUUCUACGUCUCGUACUUCCUUCCUAUGGUUAUACUUUCACAAUUGGUAGGCCUCAUUGCAUUUUAAAGGAACACGUAAUUUAAAAGCACGCUUGUGACAAAACUUACACUUUUCAGAUUUUUCCAAAAGAGACCUUAUCAUGUGUUGUUCGAAAACAUAAGCCUGUUCAGGUUGCGACGCUAUUUUUAUGGUCACAUAAUUUCUUCUUUUUAUUUACCUGAAAGUCACAGCCCAAGCUCUGAGCCAACUCUGAUAAUUGUCGCAUAAUUUCAGUCUGCAUAAUCAGUUUAGGAAUUAAACACCUGUCAUUUGACUGACAUUUUAACGGGAGUUAUUGGGCGCAGUGCCCGGUUCCCGAGGUCUCCUCGCUUUCCUGUACAUUUGUCACAUAAAUAGAUUUUCAAAGAUGAAUUAUCCUCAUAGGUAGGGCGCGUAUAUGUGCACUACCUCUAAACUAUUUUCCCACAAAGGGCCUUUUUGGGACUUUAGAACAAGUAUGCAGCGUAAAUACGAUUUUACCUUUCUAUAUAUUUAACAAAACUGGGCUUCCUUUCUUAAAAGGCCCCUAUUACUACCAUGCGCGUGUUACAGGUAACCUUUCACAAUGGUUCAGGGGUACACAUACCAGUUUCCGAUCUCAUUAUUGGAAUGUAACACGUCCCGACAAAGCAAGUUGCCAUUUAGGGAUUAUGAGAACUUGCAUUGCCUCUAUUCGUCCCUUUCUAUCCAGUCUUGGCGAUCGCGAUAUACGUGGAUAAGUGAAUUUGCAUCACACGGUCCAACCACAGUAGUUAUCUCUGUUAGACUUGAAAGUUUAGAAUUUCGUGUGCGUUUUCAGGUCUGCAUGCGCAGCAGUCUGGUGCAGUGAGGUUAUCGAUUCCGUUGUCGUGUGUCUGCCCUAUCUAGAUACCGCCAACGCAAGGUCGCUCUUACGAAGCAAAUUGCACCCAGCGACUCCACAUUUCUUUCACUUGCCAUAAAUGUCUGGCAGAAGUUUCAAUGCCACACUUUUUAAAGUACUUAGCACGCCUCCCUUUACAAUUUUACGAAGGAUGAAUAAAAAGCGCUACACUGACGGGUCUGCUGACUAGCCGAAUUUAACCCAUGGUCCUUCCACACUACCACCCCAUGUUUCUUUAAAUAGUCGAAGUGGCAUGACGUGCGUUAAAAGGCUUUGCUUGACAAUCGAGUCUGCACCUGAGCGGCGCCGAUUAUGAUGAAAUGCCUCCCUGUUAGGCUUAUUCCCUGGUUGGUGAGUGGAUCAAAUCGUCCUCGUUGGCAAAUAUUUUACGGUGUGCUGUGGCAGAAUAGAUGUUGAGGGGGUAAGCGUAUCUCAUCACGGCUUGCUUUUCGAAGAGAAAUUUUAGUAUUCAUCGUUGUCAGAUCAAGUGGACAUACGUGAAUGUAUUUACUACGCAAACCUCAUCAGAAAUGAACAGUUCAUUUGUAUGUGCUGUGUUUGAAAUUAGUUCUUUUGCUUUUUUGUCCUCUCCAGUUGGAUCCUUAUUUAAAAACAGUGUCCAAACUCGACAUAUCGACGCAUUUUAUGUGCCACCACUUGCCAGAACUAAAUGAGGUCAUCCGCCUACUAUUAGUCCUCUGAUCCGCUAUGCGAUAGUUUGGCCUUCAUAACCUACGUGUGCACUGGGUGUCCCACUGCAUGGUGGGCUCAUGGACGAUGACUUGAGUGUGAAUUAGUUGGUAUUGGUUGUAGACUUGCGCCGCUUCUACCGCACUAUCUCUUAUUUCACCCAUCCGAGCCCACUGUCAGGACAGAGUCGAGAAGACCAACGGCGGGAUCGAGCGUAUUGACUGAAAAGGCUAAGUAGCUCGUCCGCUCGUGUCAUACACGCCUGGUCCGCACUCAGUGGACCAGAAUUUCGCCUAAGCAAAGUGACGAUUCCGAUCUAAACUGAGUGGGGGUGCCAUGAAAAGCCGCAUUGAGAGAGAACCAUUGCAGCCUGACACUCAGUCCUGGGAAGGAUCGAGUUAUCUCGUCGGUUGGCAUCCUUCCAAACCACGACUUUUUAGCCCACUGUGGCAGUUGAAAAACGCGUCCGAUUGUUCAUAGUGAGGAAUAUGCGCUGGGUGCCGGCAGGAUGCAGUCUCCAGAGUCGACUUCACUCUCCCCUACCCCUCUCAGUCAUCACUUCACUGCCAAAGCCGCUAAGUCAUCUAGUACGGAGAUGGGACGCAAUGCCUGACAGAGCUAGGCAGCUCGUCUGCGCGAGCCACACACGCGGCUUGUCCUCUCGCACAGCUCACCAGGACUCCACACAAAGGGGGUGGGUAACUCGGACUUCACAUGCGUGAAAAUGCCGUAGAGGUAUGGUUUAGGAGGAGCUAUUGAGGUCGACUCUUAGUCCACCUUUCGACCACCCCACACAAACACACUGAGUUAACUGCCAGGCCUCAGUUGUACCGUCAGUUGAAUGUAGUAGCUUGGACGCCUUUUCUGCAAGGCGCGUUGUUAAAUCUAGUAGCGGUCAUGUUUCACUUCCCUCUAUAAGUUAUCUUAUAUACCGUCGAAGUUUAUUUAUUGUAUUUAUUUGCUGUGUUAUCAACUGCUUUUUGAACCGUCCCUUGCAUACUUCUGUUGACUUUCAACCAAUUCUCAUUUCUGUCUUUCUCUCAAGGGAUGCAAUUAUGUGCCUCUCGAGUAAGUUAACCUUUAAAGAGGUCGUUUGCCUUGUUGACCUGCUUAAAUAACCGCGUUUUGCCGACCGUCGUUCUGCCUUUUCAGAUGACAUUGUAUAGGUUCGUUUUCAAAGCCGUUCAAGAAGGUCAUUGUACUUAAACUCAUUUAAAAUUAGGAUCCGAAAAAAGAUGUUGAAAAUAACUUUUCAGGAAGUGCCGUCUACUUGCCACUGUUUUGCAGAAUUAACGUUUAUUGUCAACUGACUGCACUCUUUUGUAUGCCGACGUUUGAAACUGAAAGUCAGCCGACUGGAAAGCUUAAAUGUGUAUUUAAAUAAUUUCUUCCAUAUGCAUACUUUCUGACCUGCAUUAUCUCUUUUCUGAGAAGUCGGUUUCAAGAAUCGACCACAACUGUAAGAUGAAUUCUGUAGUUUAGUGAACUUCGGCACAGAGAGAGACAGGCCUUGUUUUGGAAGUAUCGUUCCGAAAUUCCCAGCAAAUAAAGCUUCCAUUCACAUUGGAUAAAAUGGGUAAGCAAAACAGAUAACACCAGAAGAUCAAAAGCGAUAACAGCCGACAUCUUCGAGAAUCGCCGGUGAAUGAGUUGCAAAACUCGUGUCAGAUGUGAUUUCUCUCAAAACGGUGCUAACGUAAUGUGCACAUGACCUCCUUAUUGUAUUUUAGACAAACAAACAGGGGAAAAAUCAGUAUACAAUGAGUAAAAUAGGUCAAUGGGUGUACAUUUAACAAAAGUCCCAUGUGAAUGGGGAGUAGACAAAUGGCGACUCAAUUCCAAAAACCCAACACUUAUUGAAGAAAGGGUGGAACCAGUGAAGUUUUGAUAUAAAAUGCGCCUUAUUCGUUAUUAUUAAGUUUGGGGCUUUUAUCCGCCGUAAGUCGAAACUCGCCUUCACCUGAAUUUGCUUCAGGUAAUAGAUUUGCAACGCAGACUGGCACGAUUUCCUAAAUAAUCAAUGUAUAAUUUAUCAAAUUACUACCAGACUCACUUAGUGGAUAGGUGUCGUGGGUUCUAAUCCCAUUGAGGCUGCCGAUUUUUCCACAGUUGGGUCAAACGGACAGGAAUUUACUCACAUAUUCCCGAAUAAAUGGCACCUAUCCCCUCUUUAGGUUCCUAGGGCGAUUUCAGCAGCAUAGAAUGCUUUAAUGUUGCUAUUUACACAGUGCCUUAGUGAUGGGAUUCUGCCUACCGCGAGACAUUUUCCCACACUUUCGAAAUAUUAUUUAAUAGGCUUAACUCAUUUCUCUGAUGUUAUGUCGCGAGUAAAUCAUUGACCACCGUUCUUCUUCAGUCUUUUCCAGCUGCUGGAAUCAGUUAGUCACCCGCCCCUAAUGAAGCCUUUCACUACUAAUUGGUCCAUUUUGACAUUUUUUAAAGCACUGCUUUCGGCGGUGACUAUGGAGUUGCAAAUGAGGGUGGUCGUGAAGGCAAUGUGAGUUUUUUUCUAUCUCCUAUCCACAGUCGAGCUUCAUUUAUUGUGCGUAUGUUUAUGUUCUUGUUGAUGUCCAGUAAUCUAUAUUCUGCGUGACGUUAGUCGAUAACAUGGCAAACUUUUUUGCCGGACUCAAGCGCUUCGUAACCCAACUGACAAACAUUUCCAUUACCAGUUAUAUGGAAUAAUGUAAGAUCGUUGUCUGUUGUGGGCAAGAGCACACUCGGCCCGUAUUAAGCAGUCCUAGAUUUUGGCGGUUCACGGUGAUAGAGAGAUUAAAAAGCAGCUUUCCUACCUUUCCUAUCGACUGCUUUCUCUCCUUUCUAGCUGUAUGAAGAAUCACCACCACCGCUGCCCAUAAGGAAAUCGUUCGGGAUCUCCCAACCCCGUACCACUAAAUGCCCAGGUACGCAGCCUACGAAGCCAACACCCAUUUCGCCAUCUCUGUCGAGAGUGGAACUGCAGCAGCCUGAAUUACAGUCGCCAGAACGAUUAAAGCAUCAAUCCGACUCAGCAACUCGACCGAUGUCAACUCUACUUUCCCCAUCUGCAGGUCUUCCCAAGACAUUCGUUGCCGAACUACGGAUGAAGCUGGUGUGUCUCAGUUCAGAUUUCGAAUGAGAAGUUGGUUUUCUGUUGAAAUAAGGCUAACUGCCACAUUCUUUUGAAAUUUUAGCCCCCAAGAGUCGACAAGUAAGUAUUUUGUUUUAUGCCCAGAUAACACUGCUGUCGGAAGUAUCACCAACAGGUUUAUCGGGAGGCUGAACGUAAAAUGUAUGGCUCUUCGCCCAUCAGAAGUACCCCGAUCCCGACCUAAUAGGCCAAAGUGCUUUGAACCAGGAUUCCGUUGACCAAUGAGACGAGCUCUACCAGUUCGAUCGCGAGCUCAUGUCCCGUUCGCUGCUGUCGGAAAUUUCCAUCAGCACGGAAGUAACGUUCCCCCACCUAUCCUUAUUGUGUUCCAGAAUUUGAUCAUACUGUUUGGCCUUGGAGGUCCGGCAUACAGUCCGCGCUUAACACGAUCGAUGAGUUAGAACUGAUCAUCUUAUUUCCACAUCGAGUAUUGACUACUCAGCAAUAUGAGGACUGAAGACUGGAACUGUAGGGAAGAACGGAAUCACCUGUGUGCUUUUAAGUAUUUCCAGUAUCAACUGAUAGAACUUGGGACCGUGGCUCAAGUGUUUGGCGGUUUCAUUCAAAUGCCUGAUGAGUAACCACCCUGUCAUAUGUUUCCAGCCCAGACUUAGGGUAUAGCUGGUUGUUGAUAGCAAUGUCCGGUUGUCACUGUCGGUAGCAGUUUGCAAUUAUUACUUGCUUCUUGUUGUUUUACCUGGUAGGGCUCCAGUCUGGGUCUCCAAGACAAGAUGAAAUGUCCGUUUUUUAUCUUACAUUCAGAAAAGAUCGAUAAGUGUCACAUUUCUAACACUUCAGUAUUUUGGAAAGUAUUCAAAUGGUCCCCUUUGGUCCUGCUAGGCUCCAUAUACAAGCAUACAGUAGAGACCGAUGCAUAAUUACAAAAACGAUGUACACCGAAGGUAAAUACUUACCAAACUGAUGCGCAUAGCACAUAGUCUCAGUUGUAGAAUUCCAGACCCAUGCGCUCCCUUAAUAGUCAUAUUUUUAAAAGCUUCCUUAUUAGUGUAUUUUUGACUCCAGCAUCUAAGUCCAUCUGCUCCGAUGGAAACAAGGCGCUAAAGAAUUCCUAAGCUAUUUGUAGAAAGUGUUGUCUCUUUGUGGAGUAAUAUUUAAGAGCAGGCAAUGUUUAUUUACUACCAAAUUUUAUUCAAAAUAUUUCUAUAAACACAAACUAUGUUAGAUAAUGCAUAGACUUCAAGAACGCCCUUGUGUGCUUAUCAGAAUACGCCUACAGUGCUCUUAAAAGUGAAAGACCGCACCUACAAGCUCUUGAGCCACAAUUCUUGAUUUAAGCUGCUUAACUUUUGCAUCCUUGUUGAAUAGUAGAAAUUGUGCUCUACAGCCCUUGAAUGUCAACGGCCUAGUGUACGCGUGAUGGGAAUUCCUAGGUUUGUUGUCCUGACUGAAACUGGUCUCUAGGAAGGCUACCCCGCACAGACAAACGUUACGGUAGAUGAAGGAAUUUCGAGCACCAUUUCUUUGGUGGUGGUGGUGGUGGUGGUGGUGGUGGUGGUGGUGGUGGUGGUGGUGGUGGUGGUGGUGGUGUUGCAAUACGACACGACACAUUCAUCGUCGCAAGCGACGAUGUCCAUCACUGCCUCACGAACUGGACCCAUCGACGGUUAUUUGUACGUGAAUUUAUGCAUGGCGAUUCGGACUUUCACCGCAUCUACCUCACCUUUCACACCCACUGUGCUCCGGUGGGAAGACAAGAUUGGAUCAAUCGCAGGUGGGCGUGGACGCAUUGGCUCGUCCAGGCGCGUCGCACACGACCCCGUCCCCAGACCCACAUGAAACAGCCUUUGUUCAAGGGGGUCCACGCAUCUGGCUCGCGUAGGUGAUAAUUCUCCAAGGCUGCAUUGAGAGUCACUGCAGUUGGUAACCCAGCAAGCCAAAAAUUUUAACGUGUCCCGAUAGAUUCAAGUUUUUCAUCUUUAUUCUACCGGAGCAUGUGCUGAUUUGUCGUAAGGAUGGGUUCCUGAUGCCGGCCUCGUUCUCUCGCCUCUUACGUGGGCCUAUGACUCGUCGGAGUUAAUGAAAUCUAAUGGGAUACUUAACUUGUGCAAUAGCAAAGCGACAUUCCUGCUGAGUUAUAAGAGUCCUCGGCAGUGUGAUAACUUAGCUCCGCGGGGUGAUCGAGCAAAGGCGGGAAAUGGCCUGGGCUCGCCCAUUGUUUCGUCCUCACAGAGGGAAAUUAAACUCCUCGAAAAUGCCGUAAAGAUCUUUCCCAGGUGGCCUCCGUGGAUGUGGCUCAAGGAUUAGAUUGAACCAUACGGACGAUUGGCUUGAAAGUAUUAUGACGCGGCCUGGUAUUCAAGAGAUCCCACGAAUCGUAUGCGCACUUAACUGUUGUCCCCAACACCAACACAGUAAAGAGAGGAAACGCAGUCGGCCGUGAGAAAAUGUACUAAUAACCUGGAGGUUCUUGCCACUGAAACGCUGGGUGUAUUUAUAGCAUCCCGUUCAGGUUGGCUAAUAUUCCGUCCAAUGCGCUUCCAGAGAAAGUUCUGUAAGAGUCGAGCGGCUCCUCACAGACAUGGACUAAUCAGAUCUGACGUGAGCACUGUGGCCACAACCAAUGCGGGACGCUGUCAAGCGCUCGUUCAUGGCAUGCAACGUGGGAGACGCGUGCACGCGCUUUUCUGUGAAAUUGACUCCUCGUGGGAAUGCAGACAUUCCCAACAGAAAGACUAGUGAGGCAUGGAGGCAUCUAGCCACCACUGCCUGUAGCGCCAAACCGCCAGGGAAGACAACUGUAAUUAUGAUGCGUUCUUCCCCCUCCCAUGAAUCCGAUGUCGUUGUCCAAGUGCAGCUGAUAAAGUAUUCAACUCGAAAGUCGCUUUUAUAUAAUCUGUCAAGCCAUGAAGGCGGUUCUUGAACUUCUGAAGCAAGGGCAGGAAAUGUUUUGAGUACCGCUGUGGUGCUAUCCGUGACAUCGUCAAUGCCUGUUCUGUUGGACAGCCGUACCAAAUACUAAAUAGUAAAAUCACUACCGGAAUUAUACUAACCUCACUUUUGGUAGCACCAAGUCCGUCUGCUUGGUCAGCACUGUUCCUGCAAUCAUUAUUGCAACCCAAGUCAUCUAAAAACUCCAGCUGUGACCGCCACAACUCCUUUCCAUCUUUUUAGUGAUGUCUCUGAACGGGUUGAGCCCUCAACUAAGUCAUUUUGUGAAGAACCUCCUGUUUGCCCGCCAAUUACAACACGUCAGGUAGGUUUAUUUUUGGCCUUGCAGUUCUUCCGCCUCUCCUUUCAUUUGUCUGGCUUUGAACGUUCGUUGAAAAUUGGCCUUUUCGCAGAUUUUCCACACUUACGUAAAUCAUCGUUUUCUCACAAGAAACUUUAGCAGUGCGAAGUCGACGAGACAUACAGAACCAAAUGAAUUCCAUGAAUCUCGUAACCUUAAUCAGGCCUGACGGGUUUUUGAUGUAACCACAGCUCUCAACUAUCCCCUCUCGCAUCAGCGCACUUCCCCCCCCUCCCACGCCUUUUGCGGACAACGUUUCCUGUUGCUUAUACAUCCAUCCCACUUGAUUGUGAUAUAAUGCUUCCUUGAUUAACAGCUUGUUUAAUAAGUGCGCAGUAACCAUCUGCAGUUAUGCAAGAGCACACGAUACCUUCGGUGUCAUUGAAUUAUGUCUGUUUCGUCACCUUCGCCCUGUCAAAAUCUUUUAGAGUCAUAACAGUUUUUGAUUUAAUGAUAGAAGGGCGCUCACCAAUCGCGCUACGGAACUCACUCGUCCCAUAUUUCCUUGGAGCUCUCGAGCUCCGCCAGCAGCCGCUCAGCGGCGUGUAAUAUAAGCAGGAUGACUUUACUGGUAAAAACAAGGGAGACUGGAAUGGCCAUUUCUGGCUUAUUAGUCGUCUUCAGCUAGUCAUACCCAACUCCGAAGUGCGCAACACCAGAGGUUCGAUUUCACGACCUGUUGGUUAGAAGUCCAACAUCCCUAUCCACUGAGCCACGGGCUCGUCCUGUAUGCAAUGAUAGAGGGGACUCUCACCCACUACCCUUGUAUAUACCUGAUCGCAAGUCUUCAGUUAUUGGGUGCUUGAACAUAAUCGAUACCGAGUAAAGACCAGUACCAUAGUCGCAAAUACCUUUUUGGAGAGAGAAUGAAACUGGUCCGCCUCUGUUUCCUAUGGGUAUCCGCUGUACGGGCUGCACGCAGGCAAAUAAGUUUUCAUGAACGAACCCCCCGUGAGUCGACCCCUAAUUAUGCUGUACAUUGUGUGCAAAUAGGAAGUUUAUGUGCUUAUUACUUUAAUUUCAAUCACAGCUUCAAGUUUCCUCCGGUUUAUCGUAUUCCUAUCUGAAAUAGUUAUUUCCGGGAUCAUAAACCAGAGGUCUCAACAACUCUGAAGGCGUGGGCAAAACUGCGAUAGUUGAUCUUUACAGUGGUUUUUAUGUAUACUUGUCCUUAGUAGUCCUGUCCGAUCUGCACAUCUGCAAUACAAUAGUUCGACCAUCGCAGAUGACGACGUUUACCCUCCGCCCUACAGUGGGCGCAGGAGGAUUACUUGUGCGCGAGUUAGUUUAUAGUUAGACAAGCUUGCGCAACAUUUGUCUCACUCACUCAUCCCUCACUCAGCUGCCUCAGAUAGCAAGACACUGCCGAAACGACCGGAGGUGGUCUCGAACGCAGUGACCGACAAAGCUUGACUGCCCAUCUGCGUAUGCCACACGCAAUUUAGCCGCCGCAGCAUGAAUCAGUCUUUUUGUGGGGACGAACGAACCUUACGUCAGUGAGAGUGGCAUAAGGGACCAUGUUAACGAGGAGCCAUUGCAGUCUGGCGCUCAGCCCUAAGAAAGACCUAGUUAUCUCAUAAUGUGGCAACCUUAGUGCGUUGUGAUAGAUUUAGGCCUAUGUUGAUGAGAAUUGCACUGUGCCGUGGGAACGGAUUCCUUAGUGUCGACCUGAGUCUUCCGUCUCCCAUGCGCCAGUCAACUGUCCGAGUCUGUCGACCAGGUGGUACUGGGAUUGGCCGCUGUGGCUAACGCAGCGUGAAUGUCUACGCCUCGGUGUGCCAACACACUUCCACCAUGUGUAGGACAGUAAUUGUCGGUUCGCGCGGACUUUGUUCGACGCGUGUUGAACGCGUGUCGUGAGCCUAACCGACCGACGUUUCGGUCCAUCGCAUCUACUGCGCGGACGGUUGUGUGGCAUUAUCUACGGUACUAUGCGAAUUCAUUUAGCAUUCUGUCCAACGAUCCGCGACAUGUGCAGUGUGCUGUAGGGUGUGGAAUUGAAGACCAGAUAGAAGAGUUGCUUGGCUUUGUAAGUUACCGCGUCCACGCCCACUACCGGUCGUCUUGACCGUCUCUCGUCAUUGUAACAUGUUAAGUUUAGGGAGAGUUACAGUAGUUGGGUUAACUCAUGAAAUUUCGAUCGAAAUUCCGAAAUGCCUUUCCGUUUUGAGAAGAUUAAGUAGGGUUGUAAAACCAAUCAGUCCGAAGUAUAAUUCUAUAAUAAUUCAGUUGCGUCAGGAUGCGGGUUUUCGAAAGAACUUCCUUCCGGCUGUAUGCAAAAACUAUACUCUGUAAAAAAUGAUUACUUAUGUAGCAUGAAUUUUCCUCUUCAAUUUUCGAUGCCCCUAAAAGUCCAAUUAUAGUUCAUGGAAAACAUGCAUAAAGCUAUUCAUUCUUUUGCUCAUUCGGUAGAAAAUUACAUAUUCUUUCAAUUUUAUGCUCGAAGGUGGGACACAAUUCGGUUCUAAACUUUUAAUACCGUGAAAUGGCCGUUCAUAAAACGCCCUGUCACUGCAUUUACCAGUAUGGCUUGUAAAGUUAACCAUAUGGAUCAAAUCCACUGCUAAAUUAUAUGAACCCUAUAUGGUCUCCCCUCAGUACCGUAGAUAAAUAUGUGGUUCUCCGUACGCGGAAAAUACAUGGCUUGUAUUUUGGAAACCGUGAAUGCAAGCGUGACGGCAGAGCGGGUCCAAAAAUAUUCGGAAUUGGAAAACUCUUUGAAAACUGAAUAAUACCCUUCCUUCGAGUAUGAAAUUGGAAGAAGACGUAAUUUACUACCGAAUGAGCGGAAAAUGAAUAUUUUUAUACAUGCUUUCCAUAAAAUAUAAUUGGACCUUUAAGAGAAAAAUUCAUACUACUGAAGCAGUCAUUUUUUACAGAGUAUAGUUUUUGCAUACAGCCGGAAGGAAGUUCUUUCGAAAGUCAGCAUCCUGACGUAACUGAAUUAUUAUAGACUUAUAUUGCGGACUGAUUAGUUUUGCAACCCUACUUACUUAAUCUUCUCAAAACGAAAACGCUUUUCAGAAUUUCGAUUGAAAUUCCAUGAGUUAGCUCACCUACUGUAAGUGAGAUGGAUACGUUGCACGUCACGCGGUCCACCACUGCGCUAACCUCAUCGAGCAGGGGUGGAUGGCGUCACCUGCGACUGACUUGGCAUCUGCGGUGUCGAGACAUUCCCUGUGCCCAAAUUACUUAAUUACUGCUCCUACGAUCGAUUAGGCCAGAAGGUUAGUUUGGAGUUUACCGUGACUAAGAUUUUCAAUUUAAUCAGUUUCCAUUCCUACAUCGUGCUCUACAACUCCAUUUUACACUCUUAGAAUGCUUUUCCACGUACGCCAUCCAAGUGCCCACUCAAAGGAAUUGCGAGGUAUUUGGACCUGGGAAGAAGAAUAAUUUCUCCAGACCAGAGUCUGUGUUAACUAGACCAACUUUUGGGCACUCUUGGUGGCUGCUUGCCAUAUCGAUUUUUUGUACAAGUUGCACUUCACUCCAAUGCCAUUGCUGGCUGUACGAACGUACAUGUGCAUGCAUUAUCUUUCGUCAGAAAUCUUUCUUUGGUUGAGUCCACAGUCAUAAAAACCGAAUUGCGCAGUAUGCCACAUUGCCACUUUACGGACUUGUAUUUUAGCGGAGAUUGAAUUUCUUUAGUCUGCAAAUUUUUCCCCCUAAUGUCGACCUGUAGUUUUGUACACCUGCCUGUUCGCGGGAUGGAUACAUUCUGUACGAAGUUCGCGCCCUACCCAUAGAACUUGGGUAUUUUGACGGAAAUUUCAUUCCCUAUUUUCUGGACAAGACCAUUAAGUUGACCUCACGUCAGUCUGGAACAGUAAAGCAGGCAGCAGUGAUUUUUCGGACUGGCGUUGUCCUCGAUCUCAUUCAUAACGUGAGUGGUCUCAUCGUUAUUUGACAGGGGGCUAUCUCUGCGCGUGACAGUGGUGUAGUUGGACGUACCUGUUAAUGGCAAGAUACUGCUAUUAACAUCGUCAUUGUCCCUCGGCAUGUCACCGAGAGCCGUAAUUCCUUCGACGUUAGCGCGAAUAGGAUGCACACAUCGUCGUAGAACUCGUUUCUCACCUCGCCAUAGUUUUUUAUUUGGGGCGCCAGUACCGACGAUUACGUCACGUUUCUCCCCAUGGAAUAGAGCCCUUAUUGUCAUGAUGGGUUCGUUGCGUCUCUGUGAGAUGGAAGACAUUUGUCUCUCGAUGUAGGUCCUGAGGCCGAAAGUGAUUCCAGCCUAUCACUACUUUUCCUCUGGACGUUUAGUAGAAGAGACCAUAUCCCGUAUUUACUUCGUUCUGAAAAACCAGGCCUCGCCAAAAGCCGCAAUGUCCACAAUGUAUCGAUCCAGUUUGCAAGUGACCAGGGCUCUCCUCCUAUCCAUUGGGUUACCCAUAGAAUCGUCUACAAGUAACUAGCUUUCCUGAUAUUCGGAUCGAGAAAACAAACCCUUGUUACUCGGAGAAGGGGAUGGGAGCGCAUUUUGGCUGUUUGUUCUGUUUUGACCGCUUUUAUGGCCUCCUGCGGUCACGGUCAUUGCAUGGAUGAAGGGAAUCGGCGCUUUUGAUGGCAUUGUUUGGCCUCUUCGUCACAAGGUAUAGGCAGUCUGUUGUUUAUUAGGGCUUUUGCGACACUCUCGAGGAUUGCCGAAUUCCAUUAUGGCUCAUGUAUAAUAGAGUGGGAGAAUGACCCGACUUGCAUUAGGAGUGGUGGGAUAAUUGUAAUUUACGGGAUGUCGACUUACACACAUGGAGCACCAUAAUUCAAUUUAGCCCGUCAGUCGAGUGUGUUCACUGUGGAGAGCAUAGCUUCGUAGAGUCGCUGAGGAGGUCUGGGUGCCAAGUUAACUUUGAUGUACAAGUAUUCUCCAUGUCCAGCGAUGCGUUUGCUGAGAGCGUAAAUCAGCAAACAUCCAUUUGUCUCUCAGAUUUAUCAACGAACCUGGAAUAACUGCAUCGGCGUAACGUGGGUACCGCCACAUGAUACCUGCCACAAGCUGAUGCUUCGGCCGUCGCAAGCAAGGAGGACCACUGCCAUCCCUGGAACUGUGCGCAACCGUGGCGUGUAUGUGUUCUGACCUCACGCUCGUGACCCUGGACCUUUGCUUGCCACGCGCGUGUGGCGUGUUGUCUAACUUUCAGUAUGGGCAGCAUACAUACGUCUAUGCCAAUUCGUCUCAUAAUUUCCUCACUAUGAACUGUCGAAUUCUUUUUACAGCUAAACGACGCACUGAGCUAAUAAUCGUGGCUCGGAAGAAUGCCAACUGGCGGAUUUAGUCAAGGAAGGGUGCCCAUUUCCGUAUCCUAACCCUUACUUUGACCAAACCCUAACUCUGAUACUAAUACUAACCUUAACUCUAAUCUUAAUCCCCUGAAGCUUAGCGCAAGGAUACCCGUAUUACGGACGGUACCCAUUCCCAUGUACUCCCGUAACCACAUUCUGCGUGCCGCAUGCGGACAUCGGUUCUAUCGUUUCGUUCACGCGCACUUCCAUUCGUUUCUUUCAUGUUUUACCAUUAAAAAAAGGUGAAAGCUUGAUGAGAGUUAAAUGCGGUGCCGCUACUACGUGUCGAGCUCCUGCGCGAGUCAUCAUCGCGAUCUCGGGGAAGUUGUGGUCUUCGUUGCUUGCGAUGAGUGAACUAGCUGUAAUGAAAUAAACAUAUCAUUUUUUCACCGUUACGACCACAGAACGUUGCCAGAGGUACUUAGGUAAGUGGGAGGAAAUCUGUUCUAUCCACAGGCCACUUUUUUAUUCUUCCAAUCACCGGGGGUAGUAGCCCUCUAACCUCCCUUUCGUCUUUUGCAUGUAGUUACCCAACGCGUCGAAACUCCCUGCUACUCCUCCGAAGCACCGUCCUGUGCUCGUCGCGGGGACGCCAUGUGAUCCUCCACCAACCCCUAACCGAUCGCGGGAAGUACCUGGCCUGGUUGGUGUUAUCAAGGUGACUAUUAGUACCGUAGUGUCACUGCACGGCCUAUUGAUUAUUGGUAAACCCUGUCUUUCGUCACAUGUGUUCACUAGUCGGGGUUCAAUGGACAAUUAUUUACCAAUAUCCUAAUAGUUGUCACAUUGGCUCACUCACCAGCGACCCUGUGGAUUUCAGUCUGUUAUUUUGCAUAUCUCACAACCUGCAAGUCAGGUCUAUGCAAAUGGAGCCACAUUGGGUCGUCACCGCCCCCUCAGGACAAUGUUAUCUCUUAUCGCCAAUGACUGUUAAACUUCCUUGAGCGUGGAUUCAUGAGCUCGCGAAAUGGGCAGCGCCGUUAAGUCCGGCAUGUUGUGCACGCAUGUGGUACGUUGAAGGGGAUGGGCGGACUUUCUAGUAAGUCACAGUGCCUGGCAUCAUCUCCAAUCGCCUUCACCCCGUAUUUCAUGGUGAGGGAGGCAAGUGGGAGGACCGAUCCUGUGCCGCAUGUUCUACUAAAAAUAAGGCUGCUGUACAUUUGAGCCAUUUCCCUGCUUUAACUGUCUUGACUGGGUCACCAACUAGAAGAUUCGCUAGGCCCUGGGGAAUGGGAGCCUUAUUGCAGGUAACUCCCGCCUUAGUGAGGAUGAACCUUCUCAUCCUACUACUUGAUUAUGAUCUGUAGUAAUGCACGCUGAUGCGAGUCUUUACUUCCUAGCAGCAUUAAAUGGUAUUUCAUUGUUUAAGAAGUGAAAUUGGUUUUCGUGGACCCUAUUUUCAUACAGGAACGGUGAUCGUCUUCAACACAAACACCAUCCACCGUUCAAGGCACGUUUUUUUCCUUGGAGUGUACUAGGCAGGUGUCUGUAGUAGGUAGUCUCGUGAUUCCUACUUACCUUUUUAUAAAUCGGUGUCGACGCGGAUGCAUCUCUCCAAAAUGCGUCCAUGAUUGGAAUUUUUGUCCUAUAGACUGGUCCUUUAUCUUUUAGGACAUGCUGAUGUGACCUAUACUACGUUACUGUGGACCUUUAUAUGAUCUUUUUCAUCUUCUCUUCUUCCGCCACAGCAAGCCUGGGUCAUUGUGGAAAAGCCGGAUACUGAAACAAGGCUACCUGUUGAGGUAACUGUUCCUGCUCGCGUGGUGUGCGAUCAUUGUUCCACGUUUUGACGUAAAUGGCAUGACCUUUUGUUUUUGUAGCAGGGCGAAGUUCUUCGAUGGAUCAAUUUUGAUGAUGACGUGCUCAGCGGCGCUACUGAGUUGACGGAUGACACAUUCUUAGAAUGUGAGAGAUGGAGCGGCGAGAGUGUAGUCCUACCUUCUGAGUGUGUCAGCGUUCUUCGCGACAAACUUGAAGUUGCUAAGUACUUGACCAAGCGUCCGCGAGCCGAAAUGCUAGAGGACUACAUUUCGGAAUCGCCAGUGGAACUGCAUCUUAAGGUACUCUUGUUUUAGGAAUUUUUGUACUUUCUGUGAUUUCAAACUUCCAAAUGCACGAUUUAGUCGUCGGAUGUAAAAUCAACUCAAUUUAGUGAGCAUUAUAGACACACAAGUUUUCGUAGUUCUCUCACUCCAGAUUAACAUGACUACCUAGAUGAUGCUUUUCCUCCUUUUUAACCAGAGAAUGUGCCAGUUAUAACAUCUGGUUGGUAGCCGGGACCUCAUAUCACGGUCUCUGCUGUAACCUUUUUCCUACGCUGUUCGCAUUGGCGUUUGUCGUUGUUUCCCACUUUACCAUUCAGGAUUCCUUUUCAGCUAAAGGCCAGCCUCUCAAUCGAACUUUGAUAUUCACUAUCCCCACGAAAACAUAGCACAAUAUUAGCAACAUACUCAAUACCUUGCGGAAUUUUCGCACCAAUCGACAAGGACCGUCUUUCCUGAAGAAUUUUCUGGGUGCAUGGAUACUUGAGCAAUAUCCGUCUCAUCAUAACCGUCACCACGCACUAGUUUUCCACCGGACCGAAAGGAGUUUUAUUUUGCGUAGUCAAGUUCAUAAGAAGUGCUGUGGAAUUCACACUAAGGAGCCACAGCAGUUUGAUCCUCUGCUAGCGCUAUGUAUUUCAGCAUUCCACGCACAUUCCGGGCGCGAAUUUAAGGACUCUGUCAUUUUUUGAAUAUGCCCUUACUAGGUUGCAGUAGGAGCAGACUGAGUUGAAUGUUUCCCGUGUCCGUACCCCCGUGUAGUUGACGUGCGAGUGAGAUUCGCCACAGCGGCCAACUAAACUGUUUUUUUAUCCACACCGACCGCAGUACUACCACUUUCCAGAUCCAUAUUUUUCGUACACUACAUUUUAUCCGUGAUAUUAUGCCAGCUGAGGCGUUUUGGCGAAGGGCUUUAAGGUAAAUUAUGCGAGUAUCGGACACCAAGACUGUUUUUGCCGUUAGAUAGGAAACAACUUCUGCAUGCGUCUGAAACCUAGUCGGAUGUUGGACGGGUGGAACAGAUCUAGUCUUGAAGUUGUGGUAGACAGCGAAGCGAGGCAUCUGAUGGACAAGUGCAGCGCACGUGAACUAGGUUUCGCAAGUUUUCUGCUCAGUGUGUCAUCUUUCGCGCCCUUCUUUGGAGGCACAGACACCGCAGGGAUGGGUGGGCGCAUUUAGUGCUCCCCUUCAUUUACCCCGUUUCGUGAGUCGGCAUCAUAUAGCUUUUCAUCCUGGUGUGUUAGAAACGAUGUUCGUCGCCGAGGAGUACAAGCUGCUGUACUAUAUGGGAGGAUGACCACAGACCAAUGCGAGCAGUUAAUACGCAUUGCAAUGAGGGAAUUAACAAAAGGAUUGGAUAUUAACCCCGUCCCAGCUUUGUCGCUUCUCUUUGGUCUCUUACAGACCAUUGACUGCGUAGUUGGCAGUUUUGUUUCCGGCGACGGUUCGCCGUGCCUACCGAUCAGGUGCAAUAGUUUCGUUGCUCACACGACCUACCUAUCUUCAACAUAACUUAUAUCCAUGAACGAUGAUUAAUGCUUGAUCUAAUGUUUUUAUUCCGCUUGUGUACUUCCUUUUUAGGCUGGUGAUAUCGUCUACCUCCACAGAAAAAUGGCUGACAAUUGUUUCUAUGCGUCCAACAAGUUUGGUAAAAAAUGUACUAUUCCAGCAAACACGUUGCAUAUUUUGGCGCCCUGUGAACUUGGAGGGCAACCAUAA